GCAGCAUUGCUCCACAACAAAACAAUAGCGUCUCUCCACUUCCGGGCUGAAGUUUUCAAACAUCGCUAGCUAGACCGCUAGCCGGAGCGACUGCUUUCCUCAGGGAUUUACCGAUCACAUUUCGUCAUCAGGGAGUGCCAGUUGACGUUUAAGCGGCUAGCGAUGUCUUCGAGCUCCAAAAGGAGACGAGCCACUUCCCCGUCCAGCAGCAUCAGUGGAGGAGCUGAUCUCGAUGAUGCUGUUGCUUCGACUCCUGGCAGCGGCAGGAAGAAGAGACGAGUCACCAACGUUCCGCCUGUGGACACGAUUGCUGUUUGCCACGAAUUGUUCAACGCUGUAAGAGACUUCAAAGAUGAUCAUGGAAGGCUACUAAGCGAUAUUUUUCUUCGGGUGCCAAAGAGAAGAAAUGUUCCUGAUUAUUAUGAGGUCAUUUCCCAGCCAAUCGAUGUGACGAAGAUACAGCACAAGCUGAAGUCUGAAGAUUACCAAGAUGUUGAACAGCUCACAGCAGAUUUCCAGCUUAUGUUCAACAACGCCAAACUAUUCUACAAGAGUGACACCAACGAGUAUCGAGCUGCCAUUAAAUUGUGGGAAAUAUAUUUGCAAACGAAAAGUGAUUUUGUUCAGCCUGGUGAGGGAGAAGAGGAGGAAGAUGAGGGUGAAGACAUGAUGGAUACCCCUGGGAUGUCAACUGAAGAUGGAACCUCAGCCAGCAGUUUGAAGGAAGUGUUGGAGCAGCUGCUGGAAGCAAUCGUGUCGUAUUCUGAUCCAACUGGAAGAUCUAUAAGCGACCUGUUCCAGAAGCUACCCUCCAAAGUGCAAUACCCGGACUAUUAUGCUGUUAUCAAGGAUCCAAUUGAUCUCAGGACCAUCGCUCAAAGAAUACAGUCUGGAUACUAUAAAAGCGUCUCCGCAAUGGCCAAGGACAUUGACCUCAUCGCGAAAAAUGCGAAAACAUACAAUGAACCAGGAUCUCAGGUUUUUAAGGAUGCAAAUACAAUUAAGAAAGUUUUCAUCCAGAGGAAGACUGAACUUGAACACGGGGAGCCGACGAAGACAAGUGUUCGCAUCAGAAACCGCAAGUCUGGUCAAGGCGAUCGACUCUCUGGCGUCAACGUAGCUCUUCAUUAUGGCUCGGAGAGUGAAGAUGACCCAGUGCUCUCUGGCUCUGUUUGCUAUGAUGAAGGCGAGUCAGAGGCUGAGAGCCAAAGUUCUAGUAUGGAGAUGAGCAACCCAAUAUUCCAGCUCUAUGAAGCUGUUCGAGGUGCAAGGAACAACCAGGGGCAACUGUUCUCAGAACCAUUUCAGCAGCUGCCAUCUCGCCGGGAGUAUCCUGACUACUAUCAACAGAUCAAACAGCCGAUCUCAUUGCAGCAAAUCAGAACAAAGAUGAAGAAUGGCGAGUAUGAAAAUGUGGAACAAAUGGAUGCGGACCUCACGUUGAUGUUUGAGAAUGCCAAGCGCUACAACAUGCCAAACUCAAGCAUUUACAAACGGGCUUUCCGACUUCAGCAGAUAUUACAGGCUAAGAAACGAGAGGUUCUCAGGAGGGAUGAUGAAGAUGGAGAUAGCAUUCUGUCGUCUGAUACAGGAAGUGUGAAAAGAAAAAGGUAUUUAAUUUCCCUUACUACUGUCUGCCUUACCUACCUUCUCUCUAAUCCGCAACCCCUCACUUUUGUUUAUUUCAGCUACAAGAAAACUGUCAAAAAGAACCGCAUGAAAGCGCUGUAUGCUGUUGUGAUUGAUGCUCGGGAGCCAGGCACCAAUCGUCGCCUCUGUGAUCUUUUCAUGGUCAAACCAUCGAAGAAGGACUACCCUGACUACUAUAAAGUUAUUCUGGAACCAAUGGACCUGAAGACCAUUGAUCAUAAUAUCCGUAGUGGGUCUUAUGCCACGGAGGACUCCCUCAUGGAAGAUAUGAAGCUUAUGUUUCGCAACGCCCGUCACUAUAAUGAGGAGGGGUCUCAGGUUUACAAUGAUGCUGAUGUUCUGGAAAAAAUGCUGAAGGACAAGCGGAAAGAGUUGGGACCUCAACCAGAAGAGGAGGAUGUAGGAUCCCCCAAACUAAAACUAAGAAAGAGUGGAGUUUCUCCAAAGAAGUCCAAAUACCUCACUCCUCUUCAACAGAAGUUAAAUGAGCUCUACGAUGCCGUGCGGAAUUUUACCGACCGCAGGGGGCGCCGACUGAGCACCAUCUUCUUACGCUUGCCCUCUCGUUCCGAGCUGCCUGACUACUACGCCACAAUCAAGCGGCCUAUUGACAUGGAGCGUGUGAGAAGUCACAUGGCAACAGGGCGAUAUCAUGACGUUGAAUCGCUAGUGGAGGACUUCAUACUCAUGUUCAACAACGCAUGCAUCUACAAUGAGCCUGAAUCCCUGAUCUACCGUGAUGCGUUGGUGCUGCACCGGGUUCUUCUCGAGACACGCAAGCAGCAGGAGGGAUCAGAGGACUGCGGGCCGCCUGCUGUAGGCGUUCUGGUGCGAGAGCUAAUCCGAAAUCUGUUUGUGUCAGUGCUCGGUCACCAGGAUGAGGAAGGGCGAUGCUACAGUGAUUCACUGGCUGAAAUUCCUGCCCUGGAUCCUACUGCCCCAGAGAAACAACCUCUUAACUUUGAUGUCAUCAGAAUGAAUGUGGAACGCGGUUGCUACAGGAGACUGGAUGUCUUUCAGGAACACAUGUUUGAGGUUUUGGAGAAGGCCAGGAGGCUGCACAGGACUGAUUCUGAGGUUUUUGAUGAUUCAGUUGAGCUGCAGCAGUUUUUCAUCAAAAUCCGAGAUGAGCUGUGUAAAAAUGGUGAAAUCCUGCAAACGGCAGCUCUCAACUACACUCUCAAACAUCUGGUCAAUGACGUGGAGCAGGAGAAGAGGGAGAAGAUUCCGAGAGAAAUUGAAGAGGACGAGCAGAGAAAGGACGAGGAGGAAAAUGAGAACCAAGGGGGGGAGAAGAAGGCAGCAAGCAGCACAGGUGAAGGCUGGCAGUCCGGCUCUGACACCGAGCGCUCUUAUCUGGAUGAAUGCAGUUAUGAAAACCGCACCUACCACGUUGGAGACUUUGUUUACGUCAGGCCUUCAGAGGCAAACCUGAAACCUCACAUUGUCUGCAUCGAACGUCUAUGGGAAGAUGAAUCAGGUGAGAAAUGGCUCCAUGGCUGCUGGUUCUACAGACCUAGUGAAACGUUCCAUCUUGCCACGCGCAAGUUCUUGGAAAAGGAGGUCUUCAAAAGUGACUACUACAACAAAGUUCCCAUGACCAAAGUCUUGGGGAAAUGUGUGGUCAUGUUUGUGAGGGAUUAUUUCAAACUCCAGCCUGAAGACUACGAGGCUGCGGAUGUCUAUGUUUGUGAAUCUCGCUAUUCAGCUCGAUGCAAGCUGUUCAAGAAGAUCAAGAUUUGGGCAAUGCCACCAAGCCCAGUGAAAUUGACAGUCCGCGACGUGCCACUGCCUGUUGUCCGUGUUGCUUCCAUGUUCGCCAAGCCUGAUCUUGAAAAACAGCUGAACAUUUCCUACACUGAAGGUGUCCGUUUUGUGGAAAAGGAGCGAGAAGAUGUUCCCAUGGAGAUGAGUGGUGCUGAGCCUGGGUGCCAGUACUAUGAGCAAAUACAGUUCAAUAACAUGUGGUUUAAAAUGGGGGACUGUGUUUAUAUCCAGUCACAUGGCCUGUCAAAACCCAGAGUUGCAAGGUUGGAGAAGAUUUGGGUGCAGGAUCAAAACAUUCUCUUUUUUGGGCCUAUCUUCAUUCACCCUGAGGAAACUGCACACGAGCCGACAAAGAUGUUCUACAGAAGAGAGGUUUUUCUGAGCAACUUGGAAGAGACUUUGCCCAUGUCAUGUGUCAUUGGCAAAUGCAUGGUGGCUUCUUUUAAAGACUACUUAUCGUGCAGACCCACCGAGGUUUCCGAGGACGAUAUUCUACUGUGUGAAAGUCGCUAUUUUGAGUCUGAGAAGCAGAUGAAAAAGUUCAAGUGGCAGAAGCGGUAUUCAUUCUCCCCCAAAGUUGUGGAGGACGAGGUCUACUAUUUCAGAAAGCUGAUCGUACCACAGAAGGAGGCAUCGCCAUUUUUGGACAAGAAGAUAGAAGAGUUGGAGGUGAAGCUGGCUGACUUGGAGGAUGGGGAUGAUGACAUGGACGACAUGGAUGAUGAGGAUGAUUCUCAGGACAUGCCAUCUCUACCUCAAAUGCAAACUCCUCAUCCUGGUGACAUGGACAACAUGCCGUACACUCCGUCACAGUCAACUCCAAAGAUAAAAGGCUUAUCGAAGAAGGAAGGAGCCAAGAGAAAGAUCAAUAUGAGCGGCUACAUCCUCUUCAGCAGUGAAAUGCGUGCCGUGAUCAAAGCUCGACACCCAGACUUCUCCUUCGGGGAGUUGAGUCGCCUGGUUGGCACAGAGUGGAGGAACCUCGAAGCUACUAAGAAAGCUGAUUAUGAAGAGCGAGCAGCCAAAAUAGUGGAACAACAAGAGCGAGAUAGGCCACACCCCAAACAAGCUUCCCCAAGAGCAGGUACCCCCGUAGGGUCACUGAUGGGGGUCGUGCCUUCGCCUAGCACUAUGGGCAUGAUAAACCAGUCCAUGACACCUGUGUCAGGCAUGAUGGGAGCUUAUGGCCCACCUUACAUGCCAAUGCAGGGACCCCAUGAGGGUUUGUUGAGUGUGGCCACAAUGCCGCCUUACCCUGUAGGCGGGCCUCACCUGCCUCCUCACCAUCACCAGCAGGGUAUGCCUGGUUACCCUGGCAUGCUUCACCAGGGCAUGAUGGGUGCCGGUGUGAAUGGCAUGCAAGGAAGCCCUGCUCAAGGAAACUUUAUGCAACAGCCUGGGAUGUUUAGCCCCGGCCAGCACGCUCCUCCACCCUAUCCUGGACAAGGCCAGUUGGGGCAACCUUCACACAUGCAGCCCACGACUCCGAUGUUCGUGGCGCCCCCACCAAAGACCCAAAGGGUGCUUCACUCCGAGGCCUACCUGAAGUACAUUGAGGGCUUGAAUUCAGAGUCAACCACCAUCAGCAAGUGGGACCAAACACUCAGAGCUCAAAGGCGAGACGCUCACCUGAGCAAAGAGCAGGAGAGUCGACUGCCCUCUCACUGGCUUAAAAGCAAAGGAGCCCACACCACCAUGGCGGAUGCUCUGUGGCGCCUGCGUGACCUGAUGCUGAGAGACUCUCUGAACAUUUGCCAGGCGUACAACCUGUAACCUUGUGACCACUGUCCCUCACUUUUUUGCUCCUAUCUAUUUACAGCCUUUUAGAAGUCACAAUAGAAGCAAUAUUUUUAGUGAAUCCUGAUCAAUUUUAUAUUUAUUAAGUAGUUUAAUAAGCUCAGUAGUUAUGUGUGUAUCUUAUUUUUAAUUUUUUUACACCAUUUGUGGGGAAAAAUAUGCCUUCUUGAUGUCCUUAAAUAAAAUGACUGUUAACAAUCACCGAGGUUCUCUGACGUGUAUACUCACAAUUAUGUGUCCAAAAGAAUGAAAUUGUUUGAAAUAAUGUGAUUGGUUUGAUAAAAGUGAGUUGUUGAUUUAA